ACACGCCUCAAGUAACAACACGAGGAGGAAGUUCAAUCGUUCUGCUUAGUUACACCCGGGCGAGUCCUGGUUGGGACCUGGUUUAGUCGUGGUGAAGGAUCUAAUCCAUAUUUGCCCCUGUUCCUGGUUUAGCCCACAGUGUAGACUUGAUUUAAUCUUUUUUAGACCUGUUUUCCUUGUUCCCGGUUUCGCCUAAAAUAGUCGAGGGCUGGACUCAGAUCAGAACCAGUUUGGAGAUCAGGAACCGGAAGAACUCACUGCACCAGAAAAUCCUCCUUCCAUUCUCCGGUGCACAGUGUUUCGGACCAGAGCAGAACCUCCUCUCAGGUGGAACCAGAACAGGUGUGGUUGGGGCAGUUCCCGGAGAACCCUCUUUUGGAGAUGUUUGACCUGGAUGUAGUGACGCCGCGGCGUCAGGUGCGAGGGGCAGAGGAGGAAGAUCAACAAUCAGCCUUCGGUCAGUCCCUGGAGAAUGACUCUGUGACAGUCUCCGCCUCCAACCUGAGCGUGCUCAAUGAGACCACCUCAGAGCCAGGCUUCAGGAACCCGCUGUACCCGCUGAGGGAGGGGUCCGUCCUGGGCUGGGCCAUGCUGGUGCUGGGGGGGCUGGUGUUUGUGCUGGGGGUCGGGGGAAACAUGGCGGUUAUGUGUGUGGUGUGGAAUAACUACUACAUGAGGUCGGGGUGGAACUGCCUGCUUGCCAGUGUGUGUCUGUGGGACUUCCUGGUUCUGGUCCUGUGUCUCCCGGUAAUUUUGCUGAACCAGCUCUCUGACAGGAGGAUCCUCCCUGACAUCACCUGCCGCAUGGUCCCAUAUAUGGAGGUGGUGUCUCUGGGCCUGUCCUCCUUCACUCUCUGUGUUUUGGGGAUUGACCGUUUCCAUGCGGCCACCUCCUCGGCAGCGUCUGAUUCUUCAGACAGGUCAUGUGACGCGGGUCGUGUUGAACGCUGCAGGUCUGUUCUGUUCAAGCUUCUGUUUGUGUGGCUCACAGCUCUGUCGUUAGCAUCUCCCGAGCUGUUCCUGUGGGAGUCCGGCCCCCUCACACUCGUCAGUGGGCGAUUGGUCGAUACCUGCAUCAUCACCACAUCGUCUCCUCUGACGCUGCUCCUCCCAGACUCUCUGCACUCACUGCUGCUCCGCUACCACCAGGCUCGUUUGUGGUGGUGUUUUGGAUGUUACUUCCUGCUGCCGGUGCUCUUCACCAUCCUGUGUCAGAUGGCGAGUCGUAACGUCACUCCGUCGUCCACUCAGAAGUCGCCUUUACGUCACCACGACGAUGCAGCGUCCAAUCAGCGCAGGGCUUUGGAGCGGCAGAGGAAUGGCGCCCUCUUGUGCGUGUGUGUGGUGUACGCUUUGUGCAUUGGGCCUGAAUAUGUGACCAACAUCGCCCUGACAACUGCCCACAUCAGUGUCACCCCAGAAAUGUCCUCCAUGCUCACCCUCUUACAUCACUUCCUGUUGUUCCUCAAGGCGGCAGUGUCUCCCCUGCUGCUGCUGUGCCUCUGCAAGUCUUUGGGCCAGGCGUUUAUGGAUUGCUGUUGCUGUUGCUGCUCGGAGUGCCAGCCAAUCACAUCACAGGGAAGCCCCGCCCACAUCAAACUCAAGUCCAACGAGACGUCGAUCUUCUUUGACAAAGCCAAGGACACGUCGGCCAUCUUGUCCAUCUCCAGCUGAAGACGCUCUGUCCUGAGCAUGGUUCCCUUUAACAGCCAUUGGUUUACCUUUUUUCUUUCAUAGAUUUAUUGUUGUUUUGUGACAUCACUGUGAAUAAGUUGUUGAAGUUUACUGUAAAGUAGCAUCCACACUGAGAUAAACUAAGCAGAACGAAAGCCUUUUUCCAAAAGAAAAUAAAACACAAAAGCACAAAGUUGUCAGAGCAGUGGACCAGAUCUGAGCCUGGAUCCUCGUCUAAACAGGAGAAUCCUGCUCAGCAGAGCUUUCUCAAGAUCAUGGAUUAUUGUGAAUGUUUUCACUUCUUAUUUCCUUCCAGUAUUACCAACAAUAAGGAUGAAAUGGAAAAAAUAAGAUAAUGUUGUCUCAACUGUGGAUGCUCCGAGUUUGUAAUAUAUGUUUGUGUGUUCUGUUAAAAUGAUUUUAACUGUAGUUUAACAGCUAAUGCUGAACUUGCACAAACGGGAAAACAAAAAAAAAGACAUUUCAGAAUGUCCUGGAGGUUUAUUAGUAAAAAAUAACAACAUGAUUGACAAGGGAAAUAUUUGGACAUUUUAAAUGUGAUCCAAAAACUGCCAUAAACAAAAUUUUGACCACUUUUAUUUGAAUGUAAAAGCAGUAAGUAAUACCACUACAAGUCCAACUAUGUUGGACACUUAGAUACAUGUGGAGAUUUGUUCUGGUUGGUCUUUCUCAUAACCUAUUUAAUAGGAAAGUCUGUACUAGGAGAGUCUCAUUGGGUUGAAUCUGGUCACGCAUUGGACUUAUUGUGGUCUUAGACUUCACUGAAACAGAACCAAGACCAGUCCAGAACUGGAUUUAACUUUGACUGGACCAAGACAAACGAGAACUGGACGUUCAAUGCAGAGUGGAGGCCUUAGUCGACCAUGAGGAAAGUAAAACAUGCUGAGAUGACAAUAAUGUAAAUGUAAUCAGAUGAGUUUAUAAUAUUAAUGUUGUAGCACUUUAACUGAAGCUAACUGAGCCCAGACUUUGGACUAUUAGAGAUUUAUGUCACAGAAUAUGGAUGUUUCACAAUAAAAUGGUGACAAUAUAAAAAUGA